ACAGCCUGAAGACCAACAUCCAAUACGCGACCCUGAAGACCUUGUCGCUGGUUUCCAUCAGCGUGAUGUCUCCCCAGCAGUCCAUUAAAGACCUGUUCCGUACUGCGGACUGUGUGUGCUUCGAUGUCGACUCCACAGUCAUCAAAGACGAGGGCAUUGACGAGCUGGCCAAGUUCUGCGGAAAGGGAGAUGAAGUCAAGAGAUUGACGGCGGAAGCCAUGGGUGGUGGUAUGACCUUCCAAGAGGCUCUGAAGAAGAGGUUGGACAUCAUCAGACCCAGCGUCUCACAGAUCAGAGAGUUCAUAGAGACCUUCCCCAUUCAUCUCACACCUGGAGUAGCGGAUCUAGUGAAAGAGCUGCAUGAGCGAGGAGUACAGGUGUACCUGGUCUCCGGCGGGUUCCGGAGUCUCAUCGAGCCAGUAGCUGAACUGCUCGGCAUUCCUCUCACCAACAUCUUCGCUAAUAGACUUAAAUUCUAUUUUAAUGGUGAAUACGCGGGUUUCGAUGAAAACGAACCUACCUCUCGGUCUGGUGGCAAGGGCCUGGUGGUCAGACGACUGAAGGAGCAGUAUGGCUACCAGAGGCUCUUCAUGAUUGGAGAUGGAGCCACCGACGCUGAGGCCAGCCCGCCCGCUGAUGGAUUCAUUGGUUUCGGAGGCAACGUAGUUCGUGAGGAGGUUAAGAAGCGAGCUCUAUGGUACGUCACCGACUUCCAAGAGCUCAUCACCACCCUCACUCUGCAGACCAAGUGAACCAACAAGUCUUAG